UUGAUGUACGUAUCAGUAUGCAUGGCGGCGAUGGCGACGAUGUUGACGCGAGCGUGUUCUGUGUUUUGGAUGUUUUGAAUUCGCUAUUACUGACAACUGCGUGGUAUAAUACAACUUGAAAUGAAGGUCAAAGUUCUCUCUAGGAACCCUGACGAUUACUUAAGAGAAACGAAGCACGACAUCCAUAAAGUGCAACGAAACUACGACCCUAAACUUCACCCUUUUGAGGAGUGCCGAGAAUACACAAGGGCCUUGAAUGCAGUGAAGCUCGAAAAAAUAUUCGCAAAGCCAUUCAUAGGUAACCUAGACGGUCAUCGCGAUGGCGUUCAGGUUCUGCACAAACAUCCGAAGUCGCUGUCUCACGUUGUUUCAGGAUCCUGUGACGGAGAGGUAAAGAUAUGGAGUCUUCCUCAAAGGAAAUGCGUUCGUACUAUUCAGGCCCACCGUGGUAUGGUACGAGGUCUGACAUUUCUCAACGAUGGACAUUCAUUCCUUACGAUUGGUGAUGACAAAAACAUAAAAAUGUGGAGUGGUGAAGCACCUUCUAUGGGCGAGACCGAGGAGCCUUUGAAUACUACGAUAACCAAGGGUGUGCUAAUGGGAAUAUCUCACCACUACAAAGAGAAUCAGUUUGCUACAUGUGGUGAGACAGUGCACCUAUGGGAAGAGGAAAGAUCAGAACCACUGCGAACACUGAACUGGGGUGUAGACACAAUUUACUGCAUACGGUUCAACCCUGUGGAGGUGAAUUUACUUGCAAGUGCAUCUAGUGACCGGAGCAUCAUUCUCUAUGACACGAGGGAGUCCCAACCACUGCGCAGAGUGGUUCUCGAACUACGAUCCAACGCCAUCUGCUGGAACCCCAUGGAAGCUUACAUCUUCACUUGUGCCAAUGAGGACUAUAAUCUAUAUACGUUUGACCUCCGGAACCUGAGUAGUGCUGUCGGUAUGCAUGUUGACCAUGUGUCCGCAGUGAUUGACGUAGACUAUUCUCCAACUGGGAAAGAGCUUGUGUCUGGCAGUUACGACAAGACUGUACGGAUCUUCAGUACUGAUCACAGACAUAGCAGGGAGGUGUAUCAUACAAAACGCAUGCAGCGACUCACAUCUGUGGCUUGGACCCUCGACAACAAAUACAUUGUAACAGGUUCUGAUGAAAUGAACAUUCGUCUGUGGAAGGCGUACGCAUCAGAGAAAUUGGGAACGCUGUCGCAUCGUGAAAAGAUGACAUUCCGUUACCAAGACAAGCUGAAGGAGAAGUUUGCCCAGCACCCACAAGUGAGCAGGAUAGCACGCCAUCGUCACGUGCCUAAACACAUCUACAAUGCUCAACGAGAAAAUCGUGCAAUGCUGGUGUCUCGUCUGCGCAAGGAAGCAAAUCGCAGAGCUCACAGCAAGCCAGGAACAGCCCCUUCCAAGCCCAAACGCCAAAAGUUUGUUCUCGCAGAAGAACAAUAAAAUUGCUUUAUGCAACAGA